CUGGCAGCAGAUCAGUGUCACACCGACCCAGUCAGACCAGUAAGAGCCAAACAGAACCACUGCACGGAACAGAACCUUAGCUUUCUGAUCCAGACUCACGCAGAUCCACCAGAACCAACCGGCCUGACCCGUGGUUCUUCUCCCGAGCGGCUGUAGGAGCCUCCGCAGGGAUCCGUUAACCUUUCCCUGCGACCUCUGGUUUCAUUAGACGUGUUGACGUGUGGCCUCCAGGUGGAGCGUGACCUCGACGGACGGCAGGGUUCAGAGCAGAGCUGCUUCCUGCCGCAGAGCUGCUUCCUGCCGCAGAGCUGGAGAUGUUCCUGAAGCUCAGCUGCACCAGCUUGCAGUGCACCGAGUGGCCAGCAGAGGGCAGUGAUGCUCCGCUUCAACAGCACCGAGCUGCAGUCUCUCCUGCUCUCCGUCCUGCAGCACUGCCUCAACAGCAGCGGCCUCCAGCCGCCCGGGAACCACACUACCCAUGAUGCUUUGCAGCAAGCGGCGGCCUCCGCCAGCGGCCGCAAUCAGCCGGGGGAGCUGAUGUUCAUACUGCUGGUGGUCGGCCUCUUCAGCUUCUUCACCUUCGGCAUCAUGCUGAGCUACAUCCGCUCCAGGAAGCUGGAGAGCUCCCAGGACCCGUACCACCAGUACAUCGCCCACGACUGGAGUACCGUGGCGGGGCCGCCCAGGGCCGUGGCCGAGGCGCUGCAGCGGGGGGCCCAAGGCCCGGUGGUCCUCUGCAACCCUGCGGCCGUGCAGCCGCUGCCGGAGUAAACCGGCGACGAUUCUCCAGGCCUGGAGGAUCAUCUGAGGUUUAUCUGCUAACACAGCCACCCUGCCGCCACCGGACAGUAAAACAGGCCCUCAGCAUGAUGGUGCCACCACCAUGUUUGACAAUGUAUGUCAAAAAGUGAGAUACUCGGGAGAUUUUAAAUAA